AGCUAGCUGCUUUCAACGGAGCUUAAAGUUCAGCCACAAAACGUCAAAACUUUUCACAAAACAACUCUGAGAGGGAGAGAAGAAACCUUCAAGUUCAGGCGCUGGUUUCGACGGCAGGCUACGUACUAUUUUAUCCUCUAUUCUGUAAGCGGACACACCUGCUUGCUAACAUUAAUUUAGCCCUCAAACCGCGUGCCGGCACUAAUUAUCGCCACCUGUGGAGAAAGCGGCAGCAUGAAGCACAGAGGGACUCUCAAUCAACAGCGGGAAACAUUGGACGUCUGCCCCAGUCACAGAUUAUUUCUACAAUGUCCAACCGGCCUUCACCCUACCUGUGAGACUACUUUGAUAUCACUCAUCUCAGUGGGAUAAAAUCUGAAAAUAUUCACUUGAAGGUUACCGGACUGACUACCGGAAAUAUCAGUGAAGACAACAAAGGGAGGAGACCUCUGCAGAUAAUUCAGCUCCCAGUGAAGACCUCCUCAAUGACUGAAACUGAAGGAAUCCUAACAAGCUGAACAUAGAGAAAGAAGAGAUGUAAGAAGACAUGGACAUGUAUGGUCCUCCAGUGGAUCUAUCUUUUAGAUCUCUGGCCCAAAUUUCAGAUGCACUGGCAGCAAAACCCCAAAAUCGCCACCGGUCUGCAAAAACAAACUCGGAAGGGAAGUAUGUGUGUUGCUCUAUGAUUCUCAAUAACAACAAGCUCCCAAACCUUGUUGGCUUCCUUGACGUUCUCAAUCAUUUUGUGGACCAACCAUUGAAGCUCAUGUGGCUGGACAUGUCCUUCAACAAGCUCAAAAGCAUAGACCCGGUUUUGUGCAAGCUGCAUGAGCUGCGUGUGCUGUACUUGCACGGCAACAGAAUCACGAAGAUUGCAGAGGUAGACAAGCUGAAAGAGCUGCAGCAUCUACGCACCAUCACGCUACAUGGGAAUGAAAUCGAAAACCAAAAAGGCUACAGGAGAUAUGUAAUUUCCAACUUGACUCAGUUGAAGAUGAUGGACUUCAGUGCUGUAACACGUGACGAACGAGUGAUGGCGGGUAUUUGGCGUCACAGCAAGAUCCAAAGCAAAGGCACAAAGGAGAGUUCCCACGACUAAUUCAAAUACAUAAAAUUUUUCAUUUGAAUUAACAAUCCUUAGUUGACUGUAAAAAUCACUGUUAUUGUUUUCUUUCCCUAAAAUAUAAUUCUGGCUCUAAUACUAAUGAUGCCACUAAUGCUCACUGAAAAGAAAUUACUGGAUAUAUGUUGUGAUGUUCUUGGAGUCUGGAGGCUCCCUGAAGUGCCAGCUACCAGCGAAAUCUACUCUCACCUCUGGCUGCCUGGCUCUUUCUUUUGAAAGAGCCAUUGACUGAACAACAUAAUGAUAUUACAACUAUGAUGCUCAGUUAGUAAUAUUUGACCAUAGAAAGUAUUUUGUUGAACUGGUGAUAAAAUAUGAGAAUAUUUGCCUGUUUACAGAUAUUACUAAUAUGAACUAGUCUGUAACAGCAUUAUAGACUGCCGUUCAUUUAAACCAACCAUUCUGCUCUUUUGAUUGAAUUCAAUUUACUUUUACCCCAACUCCCUUUUCACAGUACACAACCUCAAUGUUUUGUUUUGAACUUUAGUUCUAAUUAUGUGGCAAUGAGAGUACAAUUAUUGAUCACCUGAACUGACUGAAAUAUCUGUGUGUAUGUGUGUGUGAUACUUUGUGUAUAUGUAAUGUAAGGAUGGAUUCUACCUUGGAUUUGGCAUCAGUGUAAGGCAAUCAGAAUCCAAUUUACAGACAUACACAUGCAUGCGGGGUCAUGCGCAUGCACACACACA